AUGUGGGGCUGGGAAGGCCUCAAAGCCUUAAAGUCUCGCUCUACUCCUCUUUUUGUGCAUGCCAGCGAUAUCGAAGUGAACUACAACUACCGUCUACAAAUGACCAAGCACGCUCCAGUGACUCUAGGUGUCUUGGGUCGGUAUUAUUCGGCCCGGCAUACUCUAGGACAGUACCGCUCAGCAUGUGUAACGGCAACGUACAACAUAUCGCUCCUGAAUGACUCAUUGUUGAACGAACUUGAUAAUGCACUCGAGAAUACUCUGCAAGCCACUAUUCGACAGCAUUCUGGUCUACGAUAUGGCAUUUCCGACGCGAAAGAAGCUGAUGUCCCGCUGUUCAGGCAGAUCUGUACAUUCGACCGCGAGGACGUUUUGAAGGUCAUCGAUAGCCAAGAUGCCAAAGGCCAUGAUGAAGUUGCCGGGGAUAUGAUUGAUGAUGUUCUAUCAAGAGUACUUGAAAGCCGUCAUUCAGCGCUUUGGAUCCGAAACAAGCCAGCCUGGAAGGUUGUUGUUGUCAAACAUACCAGUAACUACAAGUCAGGCCCCUCUCUCAGGCUGGAUAUUUCCUUCUUCGCACACCACGCUAUUGCAGAUGGGCUAAGUGGCGUAGCCUUCCAUGCAUCAUUAAUGAGAAAUCUCAAACUUGGCAUACCAGUGCCUGCAAGAUGGCCCCUAGAGUUGAACGAGGUACAAGACCCUCCGCCAACAAUCGAAGAAAGCGUGGACUGCCUGUCGUGUAACUGCACAAUCUGCACAACUCCCGACAAAUCUGAUGAGCCAGUCUGGGCGGGAGGCUCUGUAUCUGCAGCACCAACGGUCGGCUAUGAAUCUCGAGUCCGGCUAGUGACAGUCCCAGCGGCACCGUUUUCUAGCCUUCUUAGAAAGUGCAAGCAGGCCAACGUCACAGUCACCGGGCUACUUCACGCUAUCAUAUGCGCAUCACUAAGCAUCGCUAUCAAGGAAGACGUACCUGGCUUUCGAGCUGUUACACCCUUUUCAGCAAGACGACAUACUGGAGCCUCUGACGCCGAAAUCGUCAACCAUAUUUCUUAUCUGACGAGCUAUGUUUCUCGAGAAGACUUGCAGAAGUUUAGAGACUGCCAUCGUGGCUCUCACACAGAGGAGCAGCAUAUUAUAGACCUUGCGCGUCGCUUCAGCAACGAAGUAGCUACAAAAGUCAAGGAGUUCCCGCACGGCAGUAUGGCUACCAAACUCAGUCAAGUCCAUGAUAUUUUACAAGAAUGUCAAAGCCAAGGCGGUACAGAGAGACGGUACACAUACGAGCUUUCCAAUCUGGGCUCAGUUUCAAGCAUACUUCCACCAGAAGAUCGCGGCAUUAAGCUUGACAGAUUGGUCUUCACGCAAUGCGGUUUUGUUGCUGGCCCUGCAUUGGGGUUUAACUGUGCUAGCACCAGGGGAGGGGAUUUCGCCAUCAGCAUUACUUGGCAGAGAGGCAUUGUUGAAGAAUCUGUCGUGGAAGACGUUGCUCGAGACCUAGAAACACGAAUUGGGACAUUUCAGUAG